AUGAAUGACAUGGCAAAACUUGGCGAGAACGUCAUAGGUGAAAGCAGCCUGGCGCCGUUUUUCAAGGUGUCGAAUGCGGUCGAAGUUGGCAUCAAUGCGCCGGAGAACCGUAAGGGCGAUGCGCUUCGCACCUGGGUACGCUCACUGUCCGGGUUUCAGAAGGAGGCGCUCGUCAGAUCCGCUAAAACCGGUGACACCUGGCGUCUGGUUUCCGAUGAGGGCCCUUAUCUGAGCGGUCACGAUGAAGCACCUUGCCCGCUGGCCUUUCUGACCACAGGCAUGAUUGCCAGCUACAUGAACGAGAUUUGUGCGCUUGCCGACAUGCAAGAGGUCGAGAUCAGGAAACUCAAGCUGAUCCAGGACAAUUUCUACACCAUGAAAGGGUCCAUGCCGAAGCGCACCAUGGUGGGCGGCGCCGAACCGGUGGAAUUGCGCGUGGAGAUCGAUUGCGACCUGGAGAAUGGUGCGCUCAACACCUUCCUGAUGAACGCGAUCCAUGCCUCGCCUCUCAACGGCCUGAUGCGAGGCAAACUGGAAAGCCUGUUUAAGCUCGGCAGGAACGGUGUCGAACUGCCAACUGCGAAGGUUGCGGAACUGGAGGGAGACCUCUUUCCCGAUCCGGGUAACCAUUUCGCCAAAAGCCGGGCAGAGGCGUCUUCAUUCAUGCUGGUGGAGCCGGUUGGGAUGACGCCGAAAAAGGACGUGGCGCUUGGAACGGCUGCGGCGGCAUCCAGUCUUGCCGAUGAACAGAACCGGCGUUUGAACCCGGGCGCGAUUGCCGAACUCAGGCCUGACGGCAUCAAGGACAUCCAGCAGAUGCUUUAUUCGCCCCAUGGAACGAGCUUUCGUUUCCUGAGCGCCGAAGACGGCCGGGCACCGGAUGCCAACACGCUGAUCAGCGCGGGAAUAGGCUUUUGCUUCAUGACCCAGUUCGGACGCUUCGUUUCGAUGCUCAAGCUGGACCUGCCGGACUAUCGUAUCGUUCAGGACACGCAUUUCUCCCUUGGUGGCGCCUCUGGCGGCACGGGUCGGGCCGGCGAAGCCGAUCCGAUCGAAACCCAUGUCUAUCUGGAAACAUCGGAAAGCGAUGAGACGGCCCAGGAAAUGCUCGAUAUCUCCGAGCAAACCUGUUUCCUGCAUGCCUUCUGCCGGACGGACUUGAAGACCAGGCUGAAAGUUGUUCGCGUUUGA